UUUCAUUUCUAUCCCAAAUUUUCAUUUUCCACUCUCUUUGAUAUCUUUUUCUUUUCUAUCAUCACAACAAACGAACAGUGUUACCAUCCAGAAAACACAAUACGACGUCGAUAAGAAAAACGAACCCUAUCAUCGCCAUUGGAAUUUGGAAGCUACGAAGUAGGAACGAUGACAGCGCUGGUGAGAAGUGGAGUGAUGAAGCUCACUCUCCAAUUCCAAACCCCUUCUCCUUCUCUGUCUCUCUUCUCUUCUUCUCUCUCCAUUACCAAAACACCAUCACCACCCUCUUUCUUCUCCUUCCGCCACCCUCUUUCCCAUUCGAGCAACGCCUCCAAAACCCCCACCACCAACCCUCUUCCUUCUUCUUCCUUUGAAUCCCAGCUAUUCAUCCCUCCGGGCAUUGAACCCGACGAGGUCGAUGACUCCACGGUCCUUCCCAGCUCCAACAUCGCCGUCGGACCCUACGCCGGCGAUUCCCGAAUCAAGGACGUCCAGUUCGUCAAGAGCAGCGCCCGCGCCAGGGAUUGCCCCAAAGACGACCUACCCGAAUUCGCCGUUCUCGGUCGCUCCAACGUGGGCAAAUCCUCCCUCAUCAAUUCCCUCGUCCGCAAGAAAGAGAUUGCUCUCACUUCCAAGAAACCAGGGAAGACGCAGCUCAUCAAUCACUUCUUGGUCAACAAAAGCUGGUACCUUGUUGACUUGCCUGGUUACGGCUUUGCUAAAGCACCUGAAGCAGCAAAAACGGAUUGGUCCUCAUUCACAAAAGGGUACUUUUUGAACAGAAGUACUCUGGUUGCUGUCUUGCUUCUCAUUGAUGCAAGUGUUCCACCCCAAAAAGUUGACUUGGAUUGUGCAAAUUGGCUUGGACGCAAUAAUAUACCAAUCACUUUUGUUUUCACAAAAUGUGACAAAAUGAAGGUGGCAAAAGGGAAACGGCCCGAUGAGAACAUAAGGGAUUUUCAAGAGUUAAUCAGACAAAACUACAAGCAACAUCCUCCAUGGAUUAUGACCAGCAGUGUCACUGGAAUGGGUAGAGAUGAGCUUCUCUUGCAUAUGUCUCAGCUAAGAAACUACUGGGAUCAGUAGGAGAAAAAGCUCAAAAUUAAGCAAGAUGUGAGUAUCUAUGAGAAAACAGGCCAUGCGGGAUCAAAGUUGAAAUUACAAAAGAUGCAACUAUAUGGAAGAAUCAUGUGAAAGAGCUAUGGGUUGGGUUGAGCCUUGAAAUAUUUCAGCUGGAUCUUUCUUCAGGAUUCGGGAUCUUUGUUCUUCUUGAACUGCAACAAGAUAUAUAACUUGCAUGGGAAUCAAGUUUGAGUUGUUUCUGGAUAAUGAAUUUCCACAUACUGACACUGAGUAUUAGGGUUAAUGGUAACGUUUUAUGCAAAUGGGGAUAAAAAAUCACAGGAAAUGUUGUAUGCUUUCAACUGGGAUAUAGUAUUGUGCUAGCUUUAUUUAUCUUUAGUUGCCUGAAUACAUGUUUUGGGUUACCAUUGUAUUGGGUUCAGAUUGUCUUCAGUUACUGGAUUUUUCCCGUUGGAGGGACACACCCAUUGUGUCUUUCUCUCUCAUACUGGAAAAAUCCAGUACUGGAAAGGAGUACAAUCCCAUUGCUUUGGCAUUUAUUUAGGACUUUCUGGAGCAAAAAUGAUCUUUUUGCAUUAUGUAAACAUUGUAGAUGUUUUGAUGUAUUUUUUGAGGCUGGGAUAAAUAAUGCUGCGAAGUGUGCGCAUCUGAAUUGCCGUAGCAUUUAUUCCGAGGCACCUUCAACACAUAAGGGGUUCCUUCC